UGGUAAAAAAAGUUGCAGAAACUUUCUAAUACCACAAAACCCUCAGAGUCCUAAUGCCAAUCGGACCCUGAAUGUUGAAUGGAAUCACUAAGUUUAAGUCUAGAGGCCAUGAAUUCAAUUCGGUUAUAAUAUUCUUCCGAAGAAUUUGCUAGCUUUCACUUGUUGGAUUAUUGAGCUUUUGCGAUAGUUAUAAAAUUGUUUUGUUUGAGUAGAUCUUGUAUAUACAUCAUCUUAACGUAAGCACAACCUUGCCAAAGUGACUGACCCCUCUUCCCACGAGACAUCUUUUGAGCUUUAUCUUUAACCACCAGAAUAUUGUGAAUUGGUUUAUAAAGUCUAAAUAUUUUACCUCGCAUUUUUAGUAUAAGAUGACCAGUUUUAACCAUAUAUAUAAGAAUUUAUACCUUAUAAGACAGAUAAUUGCUAACAUAUCACCUAAAAGUUUUCCAACACUUGCAAAAUUCUGGGAUACGGAUUUUCAUUUUAUCGAGAAAGGAUGUUAAUGUACGGUGAAAUUGUAAAACUACAAUCCUUGGCUCGUCUGGUUGUUCAUUAUAUUUAAAACAUACUAGAUUUUGAAUUGCACUUUCUAAACAUGAGACAUUUUUAUUGUGAAGUUUGUGUAACGACGCAUUAUAUGUAGAUUACGAGGGUACCAAGACGUGUUUACUAGCAACACAUAGAAGAUUAAAGUGUGUAAAAAGAAACUUAUGCAUUAACGUUGCAUUAUAUAUUAUUGAAGAAAAUACAGGGUGCAUUAUAUAUUAAUGAAGAAAAUACAGGGUUCAUGUACCGGCUUAUCUAUCAGCACCUUGUUUGAUGUGUAUGGUGCAUUAAAUCUAUUAUUCAUGCUUGUAUCUAGACACCUGUGGUCAGAGAGUGCUAUAACUGAAUCAGUGACUUGCAUGUUUAGCACCUUAUACAUCACUAAAUGAUUCUCUUGAUACUAAUUUUUUUCAUUUUGAGUUGAGCCGGACAAAUAAUUAGAAAUAUGGGCGAUUUGGUGUUUUAGGAUCAUCACUGUUUUAUUCGAAUUUAGAUUCAAUUUAUUUAUGUCAUUUUUAGAUUUUAUAUACGUGGUUUUCUUUUAAAAUUAAUUUACUAUAAACAUUUCAGUAUUUUAUUCGGUUUUUGGUAGAUUUCAGAUGUCCGCUAAUUUGCUUGCCUCCUUCCUUACUUUUAAGAAAAAAUAAUAUUUAUGAAUUUGAGUAUUGAUCUUAUAAAGUUAUUGAAAUAUAUGUUACCGUAAGUAGUACAUUAAUGUUCAUGUGAGAAGAUAUGAAACAUAUGUUACAGAUUAUUCACCUGAGACAACCAUGCAAACUUGUUCCAGCCAUAAGUCAUACAUGUUCACUGUUCAAAAUUUAGGUUUAGGUGUUUAUAGUUUAAAGUUAAGGGUUUAUAUAUAGAGUGUUAAUUUAGUUAAUUUUGUUUUUAUAGUUUUUAUACUAUUUGGUACAUAAAAUCUUUUCAGAGUGCCUAAAUCAUACUAAUCAACAACUUUUUUAAAAAUUAAUUUGAUGUGCAAAUAACUAUCAUGAAAUUAAUUAUGGGUUCCAAGUAUCUUUUUCAGGAAUUUUGCCAGUAGGUUAACUUUUUGUUGGUUAUAUAAACUUUACAUAAUUUAAUAAGUUUAUUGAAGUAAGAUUUUUCAUUAUCAAAUAUACAUUUUUAUUCAACCAUAAAACAUGUUUUUCUUAUUUUUUUGUUAAAACAUCAAAAAUCAUGUUACAUGUACUCUCUUUCCUGCACAUGUAAAAUUAUCGUACGUUAUAACAUUCCAUGUACGUAACUUUUUGUAGAAUAAAAAAAAAUAGGACGUAAUAAUCGUGCGUAUACAUUAAUUUAAGUAAGAUCCGCGAAUGGAUUUUUUGUAAUUUUCGUUUUUAUCCAUAUAUAGAUUUGUAUCUACUUUUACGUAUUUAUUAUUCAAUCAAGACACAUGUUACAUGUACUUCUUUUUAGAAGCAUAUGAACACAAGUACGUGUGUACUCUCUCUCGUGUAGAAAAGAAGAGAUGACAAUUAAAAGAAACACGUGACAAAAUACUCAUUUCCAUUCCACAUAAUCUCAUUCUUAAAUGCCCCCCCCCCCCCCGAAAUUUAGAAUGUUCUUUCUGUUUGUGUUCCAACUUCUAUCCGUAAGAGCGUGAUCCAUAGAAGUCAAUAAGACAAAACAAUACACGGAUAUUGAUCCUUGCGCUGCUCUUCUUAUAAAUUUGCAUUGAUCGAUGUCGACAUUGAAAAUCAAGAAGAGAUAAACAAACAAAAACAUAUAAUAUAGAAACUAUGGAGGCUUUCUCCACCACUAACCAAACACUCCAAAUCUCCGGCGAUGAAACGUCAAUGUUUAUCACAUACUCCAUUGCAGUCCACAAAGUCGUUGUCAUGGUCAAUACCGGAAUUCUAGGAUUACUUCAGCUCAUAAACCAACAGUCAUCUGGUUUUGAAACACAUAAAGCAGCAUUCCUCUCUUUCUGCGUAUUCAUUUUGUUCUACGCCAUUCUUCGCGUCCGUGAAGCCAUUGACUGGCGGCUGCGUCCCGGUAUAGUGCCAAGGAUCGUGGGACACGCAAGCCAUCUAUUUGGAGGUCUAGCCGUUCUUGUGUUAGUCUCUGUAGUUUACGUGCCGUUUGCUUUAGUCCUUCUUCUUCUCUGGUUUCUCUGGCUCUCCGUGGUGGUUUACGAUACUUUCAAUGCAUUCAUGAUCUACUCGGAGGCGAGCAUAUCCGGCUCUGAUUCACCACAACUACCGCCGGUGUAAGAUGUUACGGUUUGCGUAUAGAAUGAGUGUGAGAUCUACUGCUAACCCUCCAAAACAAAACAAAAAAUGAA